AUGUUUCUGUCUCCGGAUCGCGACCUGUCACCCGGUUCGCCCGAUCACGGAGGACACACUCCAACGGUCCCAGAUCGGCCUGGAUCUCCACGUCAUCUAGGUCCAGCCGGAUCGCCAACGAUCGCCACGGGAUCGCCAGAUCGACGACCGACUAGACCCUCGUUUCCAGCCCGGGACCUGCCGUCUGGAUCGCCGGAUCGCGGGUGGUAUGCUCCUAUCGUCCCAGAUCAACAUGAGUCUCUCAGUAAUCCCAGAUCGGUCGGAUCGCUCUCGACCGACGCGGAAUUAUCAGAUCGUUCUUCCGAGCCAUUCCCGCUUCCCACUCCUCCGGCGGCCCCAGAUGCGUCCAGAUCCGACGUCCCGGCCGCUAAUGAAUCUCGUGAAAGGUCUGCUCCAGCUGUGGGCAUCACCGGCUUCGUUCCCAGAGUUUCUGCCGACGACGUUCGUCUUACGUUGGCUACGAUCUCUUAUAUAUGGGAUCGAGAGGCUACCAUCUGCAGCCAAGCCGACACCAUUCAUGCGCUUCAGCAGUCAUACCGAGAUCCGGUCGCCCGGGAGGAUCGCUUGUAA